AUGGUUAAAGUGGUAUCACGUGACGUGGCCAAAUCUACGGGACAAAUAUUUUAUUUUCCGCCUAUAGUGUCAGAAAUACGGUCAUGGACAUCCCAUGUUACAGAGAAGCUAGAGGCUUUCGAAUCCAUCACGGUCAAUCUUCGUCGAUUCGUCAAGGACGCGACCUUCUACCGUCACAGCCUCACUGGUUGCGCUAUUAAGAGCUUGGGCAGGUGGCUAGACAUUGUCUGUCCUGCAGAUGUUCCGCUUGAAUUGUUCGAGGCAGCUGUGUCGCAAUUGAUUCAUCACCCGGAGCACAAUUCGACACUGAUCUUGCGCUCAGAGACCAUCUCAGACUCCGAUAACACCAUCCCAUCGUCUGCUCCAUGUCUGGAAGGAUACAGCCCAGUGCGCAAUGUCCAUCGCAAGCUGCUACCGCGUAGGCCAGGUCAAUACUCGGGACUAGAGCAGCACCGUAUGCUUUACGCCUUUGGAACCGGUGAAUUCGCAUGUCUUCCAUCCAUGUUGGUCCUUACACCACUUGUACCCGAAGGAGAGAGUUUACCCUACUACCAUCCUACGGUGACACAUCUUGCUUUCCGAUUCAUCCCUUCCAACCUCACCACGACCUCAGAUUCAACCUUUGCACAACCGGCACUGCGCAUUGAAGUUACUCCGCUCCCAGGCACGCCUACUGACCUCAACAAUCGUCUCUACCGCACGGCACUUGCACUCCUUGACACACUCCACUAUGGUGCGGUCACAUUUCUUCGUGAGAUGUACAUCGCUGAGAUGCGUCGUGAACGACGGAAAGUGGAGAGAUUGACUGGGAUUCCAAGGCCACGUCCAAAUCCACCACCCACACAGUCACCACCCCUCAGUCCCCAUGCUCAACAUCCCCCAAUACGCAUUGCACACAUCCACGCCCUCCCCAACAUCUUCCGAAAAGUUGAAGAGCUAGCGGGGCACAUCGAAGACCUCGUAACCGAAGUCAAAGGCGAACAGGAAGCUCGAGAGAGUCUUGAGCGCGAGUUCGAGUUCGACGACACAAAGACUCUGCACUGCACAGCGCCCUCGACGAUCUCUCACGGACACAGUCCCUCCUCUCCAGGCGACCUCGAAGCUGUGCAAAACUCUCUUCGGGACAUGGAGCAGCAGUCGAAAGAACUCCGGGAGACGAUUACAACAGCACGGUUCUCGUUGCAACUGGAAGUCGACAGAUUGAAAUGUGAUGUCGAUCGCCUAGAAGACGAACUAUCUCGUACGAAGAAAGAUGUCGGCGACCGAGAGGGCACAACUCGCGAUCGUGAAGAUCUGAUCCAUAAACUGCAGCUCGAAGUACAACAGCUCACUACACAGCUCAAUACCCAAACUCAAGCGCGUCUCGGUCUAUCCGAGAAGCUUGACAGCACACAGACCAGCCUCAAGACUGCUGAGGCGGAAUUGUUUGGGUACAGGACAAGAGUGAACGAGCUGGAGACGCGGUUGUCUAAGGACCAGCGGACGUUACUGAGUGCUGAGAAUCCAUAUGGUGAUCAGCUCACGGAGCGGAAUACGCUGCUGCUUACGAUAUAUCAAUACAUGGAUAAUAUCCUCGGUGUGGACAAAACUCCCAUCCAACUCGACUUUGACAAACACGUCAAAAAAGUUGAAGGGAAAUUCACUGAGAAGGUUGCUGAUAUGCGGAGACAGCUUGAUAUGCGGUGGAAACAGAUCGACAAGUUUGAGUCGAGCGUGAAGGCAUAUGAGGAGGCAAAGGCUACGUGGAGACGGAAGUUUACUGCGAAGGAUGGAGAGAUUGAGGGGUUGAAGGCUACCAACGCAGAACUUACCUCUCAAUUGAAAUGGGAGGCGAGGGUGAAGGAGUACGAGGCGAGGUUGAAGGCAGGAGGAGAAGUACAAGAGGGAGAGGCAGGGUGCGAAGGAGAGGGUGUUGGAGCUGGAGAAUCAGAUGAGGUUUGUUUCCCCCUUUUCUAUCGAUUUCCUCCUGCCCGUAAAUUGAGGUCUUGUGCUGAUGAUGUUUUACGGUAG